AUGAACAAGGCCUUCAAGGUCAAGGAAAGUUAUGGGACCGACAAAAACCAUGAAACUCCAGCUGUGAUCAACAUGUUGAAAGAGUUAGAUGCAGUAACUGUUGCUGUGUUUGAAUCCUUGUUGUCCUUCAUAGCUGGUUCGAAAUCAAAGUCAAGCAGUUGGUCAUUAGUUUCCAAGCUAGUGCAGCCCAAAAGAGUAUCUUGUGAGGGUGAGGAAACUGCAAAUACGAAUGAACUUGAGAAGGUGUAUGGUGCAUUGAAUGCCCUUAUUAUUCACAAGUCUAAGAAAUCUGAUUAUGCAAUGCAAGUUGAGAAUGUGCAAAUUUGGCUCCAGGAUUUGGAGGCAAACAUUCAAGAUAUAGAAGGACUUGAGUGCCUGUUCGGGCGCUUGAUCAAAGCCAGAGUCUCUCUUCUCAACAUUUUCAACCAUUAG